AUGAUAGGUAUUUAUUAGUAGUAGUUAGUGAAGUGAUGCAAUACCAAAGCAAGGGUUGUGAGGAAUCGUCCAAUCUUGUUGCAAAGUAACUAUUUACUUAACUUACAUGUGUCUUAGAAUUCAAGUAAAUAGAAUCUGUUAUAUUUAUCCCUUCUACGUUCUGUCUUGGCUAUUUUCUUUUAUACAGAAAGAAUAUUUUAUUGAAAAUUUCUUACUCUCGGUUGAAUGCGCCCGUCUGUUUUCAGCUGCUCAUCCUUCGAUAUUUAUUUAAUCCGAACCCGACUCACGCAAGCCCGCACAUUCAUGGGCAAUUAAUACCACUUGCUUGCUUACUACCUUUGCAGCAAACAAAACAACGAAUCCCAGAUAUCAAUUAAAUCGCGCGGCUUAUUCAAGCUAUCUACCUACAUUCUUACUCCUGUAUCCGUUCGCUUGGUGUUCUGGCAGGCCGAAUAUUUAACACGGCCGACGUACACGUCGCGAACUACCACGCACCACCCCACCCACGUCGCGCCGCCGUUCACGACAUUGAAUUAGGCCGAAUUGAGGGUGGACGUGGGAUUGAACGGACUGUGGGAUAUUUGGACUGUGGUUGGGUUGGGUUGGACCGAGUUGGAUAAGCGCGAACGUCCCCGCUUUGGAACUUCGUCGGUCGUUUCCGCUGCGCGGGAGGAGCGCAUCGUCCACUCUCACUCCUGUUUACCUUUGGGGAUGCUGGAUAAGGAAACAUAGGCUGUUCGGUUUUGUGGAGGAUAUUACGACCGCCUCGUUCGCGGGAUACGGUUUUCGGUUUUCGGUUUUCGCGAUUGGAGCCUGCGAGGCGAAGAUAUACCUGCUCUCGUUUUUACAAUUCAGACACUGGCUGUUGGGAAAGCUAGGCAUAAAUACAUAAGUUAAAUAUAGAGGCCAGCAGCAGCAGCACAAGUCGCAUGCAUGCCUCACCACUCGCGCGAACGAGAGCGGGGUGAAUACCGCUCUCGAGAUCGUGAUCGACGACAGUACCACUACGAGCGCGGAAACACCCACGAUACCUACGAAUAUAUCUCUGAUGCAUACGACGACCACGGCAAUGAUAUCCAGCAUGAUAACGACGAUGAUGACGAUGAUGUGUUUGACGACCGGCGACGCAGCAGACAACCCCGUCGAAAUUCUUCUUCCCACGCCCAAACUCGCCCCACACCGGCUCGUCGAACCCAGCAGUACGCAUCGCAACGUCCACAACACCCACAGCGGCGCGCGCGUCGCACAGAUUACGAUCACAACCACGACUACGAUGACGAUGGUGACGAUUCGGAAUCAGCUGUCAUAGUUGUCGACUCGCGGCCGAACUCUGCGCGCCCACCGAAUGUCAGACCCAGUCCGGUCCGCGUCGAGAGGCGGCGCAGUCGAAGUCGGGGUGUUGAGAAUACGUAUAAUCCUGGAAUCAGGGAUUCGAGGUAUAAAGCUAAAGAAUCGCCUGCAACGUCGCCUAUAAAGAAAAGAGAUCGUGAGCGGGAUCGCGAGGGAAGACGGCGGAGGGACAGUACGGCGGACGAGCAUAGUCCGACGAAGGGGCGUGUCAGGGACCGGAGGCGAAGGGGAUUGAACGAUGACGAUGAUGGUGAGGUCCGCGGUGGGGUUGGCACGGAUCGGGAUCGGGAGAGGGAAAGGGAGAGGAAUAGGGAUAGGAGGAGGAGGGAGACAGAUAAAUAUCUUCCGAGGGAAAAGGGGGCGCGGAGUAAUAAACAUAAGCAUGCUAGUACCGAUUCGGCGAAUAGUGCGACACAAUUGCUCAGCGUGGAUGCGCUGGCGAAGUUGAACGCGGCUCAGAUGAAAUCAGAGGCGGCGGAGAAGGCUAGGGUAGCGAAAGAGGAGAAGGCUCUGUUGGAGAAGGAGAGGAAAAGAAGGAGGAGGGAAGAAGCUAGGGAAAGGGAGAGGGAUAUUUCGGCUGAAAAAGGGGCGAAGGGUAAGGGAUGGCCCGGGAGGAGGUUGGUUUCUGGUGCUUUUCUGGAGGAGGGGAGGAGUCCGGAGCUGAGGACAAGAGGGGGUGGGGGGCGCGGCGCCUGGAAGGAUGAGAAAGAAAGAAAAGGAGGUGGAGGCGGAGGGGGUGAUGAUGGGGGAGGGAGUGGAUUUGCUGGUUGGAGCAAGAAGAAAAAAUUAUGGGUCACUGCUGGAGUGUUGGCAUUGUUCCUGAUUAUUAUCAUCCCCAUUGCCGUUGUGGUAUCAAAAAAUAAGAACAGCGACCAGGGUGCUGGUGGUGACUCGGGGGAUAACCCGAGCGGUCCAGGUUCCCAACCACAUCCACCAAGGACUGAGCUGGAGAACUUUGACCCAGAUACACUCCCGGAAAGCGCUAAGAAAACGUACUUCGACCCCCGAACAUGGUAUGACACGGCGGACAUGAAUGUCACAUACACUGCUGAAACCGUCGGUGGCCUUCCCAUCAUGGGCCUGAACUUAUCUUGGGACGACUCAGCCCAACCAAACAAGAACGUCCCUCCAUUGAACAAGAAGUUCCCAUACGGCAAACAGCCGAUCAGGGGCGUCAAUAUUGGCGGCUGGCUCUCUCUCGAACCCUUCAUCACCCCUUCGUUUUUCAGUGGUUAUUCCUACAAAGAUAACAUUGUUGACGAAUACACACUCAGCAAGAAGCUUGCACCCAAUGCGGCCCAGUAUCUAGAAAAGCACUACGCGACUUUCAUUAAUGAGCAGUCGUUUCGGGAGAUGCGAGAUGCUGGGCUCGAUCAUGUCCGCAUCCCUUACUCCUACUGGCUCGUUAAAACCUACGACGACGAUCCUUACGUCGAGAGAGUUGGCUGGCGCUAUCUUCUCCGGGCGAUUGAAUACUGCAGGAAGUACGGACUGCGUGUCAAGCUCGACAUGCAUGGCGCUCCAGGUAGUCAGAACGGAUGGAACCACAGCGGCCGGCAGGGUUCCAUCGGUUGGCUGGAAGGCGCCGAUGGCGCCAAGAAUGGCGAUCGCACGCACGAAAUCCACGAACAAUUGGCCACAUUCUUCGCGCAGGAGCGGUAUAAGAAUGUGGUUACAAUAUAUGGUUUAGUGAACGAGCCGAUGAUGUUAAAGCUUGAUAUUGAAUCUGUUAUUAACUGGAAUACGAAGGCGAUUUCGAUAGUUAGGAAGAGCGGUUUGAAAGACGCGAAGAUUGCGUUUGCGGAUGGGUUCCUUAAUCUUGAGAAGUGGAAAACGAUAAUGCAGGAUGUAGACGAUAAUCUAAUGCUGGAUACGCAUCAGUAUACGGUUUUUAAUACGGGUCAGAUUGGGCUACCGCAUCGUAAGAAGUUGGAUUUCGUGUGUGAGAGCUGGGUUAAGCUGAUUGCCAAGUCAAACACAAAGGGUACAGGCUGGGGCCCCACAAUCUGCGGAGAAUGGUCCCAGGCUGACACCGAUUGCGCCAAAUUCCUCAACAACGUUAACGUCGGCAGUCGUUGGCUCGGUACCAUGGAUCAUCCGCAGGCUAAGGACCGAGUCAUGAAACCGCACUGUCCGACCCAGUGGCCGCCUGAUGAUCCCGCCGCCGAGGGCCCACCCUGCUCCUGUGACCAGGCCAAUGCAGACCCGUCCGAUUAUUCCGACUCAUACAAGAAAUAUCUGCGGAUGUACGCCGAAGCGCAGAUGUAUGCGUUUGAAAGGGGGUACGGAUGGUUCUACUGGACAUGGCAGACAGAGACGGCGGUGCAGUGGAGCUAUAAGAAGGGACUCGAUGCUGGGAUUCUACCGAAGAAGGCAUAUGAGCCGGAGUUUAAAUGUGAGAGCGACAAGUUGGGAUCCUUUGGAGAUCUCGAGGAGUAUUAUUGAUUCAAGAAGGGUCUGUCGGAUUGAUUGGGUUUCUUGGGUUGUUCUUUUGUAUCAUGUCAUAUGUUCCCUAGGCUAGGGGUGGAGGGCUUUUUGCAUGUUUGGUUUUGCAUUUUCCCAUCUUUUCUACUUGUUUUCUCAUAAUUGUACUGUACAUUGAUCAAUACCUUUAGAUAUCUGUUAUUAUCCAUUUUUAAGUACUUUCACUGUGUCGUGUGUCCCUAGAGUUUAUUGUUUCCAAGAGUAUGCCGCAGCGUUUCCCCUGGAUUGGCAUUUGGCAUCGUUCGAUCCUACUAACUCCCAUAGUUUGUCUUCUCACCUUUAAGGUUUAAUCGUUGACUGUACGCCAGAUAUAUUAGCAAUUAAAACCGAAACCGAAAACUGCCCUCACUUUCCAACGCACAAAGCCAGGGUAGGAUAUAAGACGAUCAUCGUAACGAUUCGCCGAAAAGCAAACAGGAAACCCAAUUGGCUGUAAAGGUAGCUAGACCAGCUUAUCCGAAACGGACUGGAGAAAAAAACACCCAGAUCAUCAAUGAAAAAUCGAAAUCGAACUCCUAUUACGCGAAAUGCGCCGAUACUCCUUAACCGCCGGACUGUCCGUGGGUUUCAAGUGCUCCUCCGCAAGCUCUCGCUGCCGCAGCUCCGCUUUCUCCGUCUUGCUGGUGAUGUAAUAAUGUUCGGUGUCCUCCUCCAUACCAAUGAUCCAGCGCUCCGACAGCUGCUUCCCAACAGGUCCUAUGCCGCACGCACCACUCAACUUCGAGCUGCCACGGCUGUUAAGCGCAAGGGCAAACAUGUUUUGCGGCUCCGUGAAAUCCGUCAACUGCUCACCCUUGAUAUCUAGAUACAUGUAGCCCAAGCACACUAGGUUUGUCAAGAAGACGAGCACGAGCACCACAUAAAAAAUGCCUUGCCACCUUUGGGCACCGCCGGAGGCAUAAUCAGUGACACGAAGGGAGGCUUUAAAAGUAUGAUCCAUGGGGAGUUUCUCUAGAUCGGGGCGCUCGAGAUCGAAGUUGGCACCUUCCGUGGACAUGAGAAGGGUUGAGGCAGCCAUUGCGGCGAAUGCUUCGGCCACUGACGGUAUGGUCUCGCUGAGGGAAUAUGUGUCGGAAUUAGGAUCUAAGGGGGGAAUGAGUUGGGUGAGUAGUCGAGUGUUGCUAGCGUAUCCGUCUGUAAUGCCCGUGCCGAGACUGAGGGAAUUGGCCCAUUCGGUGCUCAUAUCUUCCCAGUUCUCGUCCCACUCGAUGGAAGGAAGAUCAUUUCUGUCCUUGUUGUAGCGAAAGUCAUCGUCUGGCUCAUCGCAUAUAGCGGCGAGAUUACCGCCGCUGGCGGUUGCCUGGUACUUUGUCGAGCAUUGCGUCGUUAGCCCAGCUUUGAUGGCGCAGAGGGCAUAGGGGGGGUCGGUGAUGUAUGGCGGAGAAGCAAGUAGAAUGUACAACGAGUCCCUAAUAUGGAACCUCAAAGUGCCAUUCACUAGCGUGUUGUGCGGAAGUGGCAAUUUUGGAAAGAUGGGUGGAAGUUUGCGUUCGCUGAACCCGAAAAUAUCGUCAACAGCAGUUUCGUUGCCAUUCAUUGUAGACAAGAGGUGAUAUUUCCUCCUUCGUCAAGCCCGCGCAGAGCACGUUAACAACAGGUGAAACAACAGAGGCUUUCAGCUCAAAUUCACCAAGGCCAUUGAAGUCACUUGGCUGCCUGAGUGCAUUGCGAGGAUGUCGCGAAGCUGCAAUGAUCCCAGCAUGCGGCAUCGCUGCAGUGACAUUAUUGACCAUUCUUCCGUGCUUUUUAGACGACUCGAUUAUAUCUUGUUCGUGGAUCCAACUCCCACGAAGAGUCGUAUUAUCAUUCCAUGUGCCGGCUGGCACUAUGCGAUUUUUCAUAUCGGUUCCAGCCUUCUCACCAUUUCUGGAUAACAAAGACCACUCCGAAAUAUAUUCCCUGUAGUUGUGGUAGGCUUGCCCAACAUAGGACAGCUGCAGACAAGUGCUUUGGCUAGCUUCUGGAUCCACUUCUUUGGAGAUUGGGGUUAAGCAAUCGUCUGACAGGAUAGGACUAAACCAUACCUAAUGCAUCCGCCGCAGUCGUGUACAGCAAAGCCAUCAAUGUGGCGGUCAGGGCUAUCAUCCCAAUAACAGUGAGGCCGGAGUGCCUGACAUGCUGCCAAUGCGUUAUCAGGCUGCCUGGCUGCAUAAUCCAGCCACGCAUCGACAUAUCCGCAAUGGAUAUUCCUGUUGCCCGUUUCGUGAUUGCUCUCCGACUCAGGACCUGGCCUAAAAACGCAACAAAAACGGUGACGAACGACAGUUCGAUGGUUUUGGCAAAUAGCGCGCUUAAAAGUGACGCUGUAUCGGGGGCCAACCCACCCUUCCCAAUCCUGCUGCCAUACCUGGGUUUAAUAAAAGCAACGAUCAUAUACAAUCCAGAUAGCGCGGUAGAAUAAAAUGCAAGCACCAAUAUGGUGAUUGUUAGCCAUGACAUGCGCCUGUGACGAACACUCCCAGCACUGGGACAAUUGAAAUUUUGCGGGCCGGCACGUCCCGGAUUACCAUUGUUAAUGGUCGGGGUGCUGCCUGUGCUGGCCUGCGGAGGACUAUGGCCCAUUAGUAGAGGGUUGUAUGAGGUGGUUGUAUCUCUUCUGAUUUCCGGGCUGGACUCGUGGGGUAAAGAAUUGCGGUCACCUAUCCCUAAGCCAAAGGUAGAGGUUGCCUGCGAAGCAGGAGUGUCUCCAUUGUCUUGGUAAGGUAUUGGUGGGGAGACUGCCCUGUCGACGGGGUCUGAUGAAGAAGGCACAGGUUGGUAUGAAUUUUUGUUACUAGGUUGGGAUAAAUAGCUUGAUGAUCGUGUAUGUAAUGGAAUGAAAUGUAGCUCAUCGUGAUGGCUUGAGGACAUUGUAAGGGUAGGAUGAUUGCAUGCAGUAUGUAGUUGGGGUAAAAACGCCGGACGAAGGUCAAUAAACAAUCAACUGCUGGCCUCGAUGUGUUGAAAGCAUCAAGGAGAGUUUCAUAACCAAGAGAUCUAGUCAAUGAAAAGCAUGAAUGGAGUGA